AUGGAUUCCAAUAUUAGGGAACCAAUAAUCCUAUAUGCUUCACCUCAACUUUUGAAUAGAAGUACUAUUGUAGCCACCUUGCUGGAUACAGGAGAAAUUGCAGCUGCUUUGGAUUCAAAAAUUCUCAUACCAAUGGAACUGGUUGUAUGUUCUUUCUAUCAUCAGAGAGAGGGUCAUAAUUUUGCAGCUGCAGGUGGUGAAGAAUUUUACCUCUUUCCGGAGAACAUACGAGAAAUAGCUGUGAAAAGACAUUCAAAAUCUUCUGGACAAGGAGUUAUUGAAUUUAGAAACGAAUUAACACUCAUCUGCAAGCUCCAGCAUACAAAUCUGGUUCAGCUGCAAGGUCACUGCAUUCAUAAAGAAGAACGAAUGUUGAUCUAUGAGUAUUUGUCAAAUAAAAGCUUGGACUUCUUUUUAUUUGAUUCCACUAGAAGAAAGUUGCUAGAUUGGAAUAACCGCUUUAGCAUAAUAGAAGGAAUUGCUCAAGUAGUAUUGUAUCUUCACAAUUACUCGAGACUCCGAAUUAUCCACAGGGGUUUGAAACCUAGUAACAUACUCCUUGAUGAAAACAUGAACCCCAAAAUUUCUGAUUUUGGUGUUGGGAUGACGUUUUAUGAACAUGAACGUGAAGCAAAUACCAGCAGGAAUGUUGGAACAUAUGGUUACAUGUCUCUCGAAUAUGCCAUGGAAGGAGUUUUUUCAACAAAGUCAGAUGUGUAUAGUUUUGGAGUGAUGCUCCUCGAAAUUAUCAGUGAUGGAAAAAACAAUAGCUUUUAUAGUGAUGACAACCCACUAAAUCUAGUUGGACAUGUAUACUAAUGUUUGAUCUCUUGGGCAUGGGAGCUAUGGAAAAAAGGUAAGGUUCUUCAGUUGGUAGAUUCCGCACUAAAAAAUGAGUCAUUUUCUGAAGAUGAGGUGCUAAGACGUGUUCAUGCUCGUUUAUUAUGUGUAGAAGAAAAUGCAGAUGAUCGUUCCACCAUGUCCAAUGUUAUAUGAAUGUUGGCAAACAAAACUAAAGUCGAUGUUUUGCCUAAUAAACCAGCAUACAAUAUUGGAACAAGAGUUUUUGAGGAAGAAACGUAUGGCGAAUACAUGAUAGAUAGAUGCAAGGAUGACAUUACUAAAUUUAUCGCAUAA